AUGGCUUCGGAGUAUCUCUAUCCCGCCAAACCCGCCCCUGCGCUGAAUAUCCCUCCUGGAGCCUCCGCCAAGGUCCGGAUCAUCAAUUCCACCGCGACCAUUCAGGCUCCCGUCGGGGUCUUCAUGUAUCCUGAGAUACGCGGCCACGAACUUCUCCACGUGCCGGCAUUCAGUUUUCUAGUGGAGCAACCCUCUUCAGGUCGGAAAAUCCUCUUCGACCUGGGCUGUCGGAAGGACUGGCAGAAUUUCCCGCCAGCAGUUCAGAAGGUCAUUAACGGGCCCGGGUGGAAAGUCGACGUCCAGAAAUCGGUAUCCGAAAUCUUGCAGGAGAAUGGCGUUGAUGUCGCGGCGGGCGCAAUCGAGGCUAUCGUCUGGAGUCAUUGGCAUUUCGACCAUACAGGCGACCCCAGCCUUUUUCCGACCAGCACCGCUAUUAUCGCUGGACCGGGGAUGAAGGAGGCCUUUCUGCCCGGAUACCCGACAAAUCCAGAGUCUCCUCUUCUAGAAAGCGACUUGAAGGGAAGAGAGCUCAGAUCACUUGAUUUCGAGAAUUCACCUACACUCAAGAUCGGUCAAUUCCGGGCGAUCGAUUAUUUCAAUGACGGCUCGUUCUACCUGCUUGACGCACCGGGCCAUGCAAUUGGCCAUGUUUGCGGGCUGGCCAGAGUGACCUCGAGUCUCGAGUGCGACAAGGAAGAUACCUUUAUCUUUAUGGGGGCCGAUGCUGCUCACCACGGCGGCGAGUUCCGGCCGUCAGAAUAUUUGCCGCUACCCAAAUAUAUCCAGCCGUCGCCUUUCAGCCGCAAGUAUCCCACUUCUUGCCCGGGUCACAUUUUCGAGACGAUACAUCCGGGUGGGAAGGGGUCUGAGCCUUUUUACCGGCUCCAGGAUCACGUACCACACAGCCUCGAACAAGCCGAGCAAAGUUGUAGCCACAUGCAGGAGUUUGAUGCCGCGGAAAAUGUCUUUGUCAUCAUAGCCCACGAUGCAACACUACUGGACGAUCAGGUCGGGAUUGAGUGGUUCCCAGAUGGCACUCUCAGAAAUUGGAAAGAGAAAGGUUGUAGCGAAAGAGCUCGCUGGGCUUUUCUCAAGGAUUUCGCAGAAGCCGCUGGGGAGGCGGAGAUGAACUCGCAAGCAUCUCUCUGA